AAACACAUUUCGCAAGCCUACGAGGUGCUGUCGGACCCGAAGAAGCGUGAGCUCUAUGACAAGGGCGGCGAGCAGGCCAUCAAGGAGGGCGGCUCCGGCGGAGGCUUCGGCUCGCCCAUGGACAUCUUCGAUAUGUUCUUCGGCGGCGGCAGCAGGAUGCAGAGGGAGAGGCGAGGAAAAAAUGUUGUUCAUCAGUUGUCAGUAAGCUUAGAAGACAUGUACAAUGGUGCUACAAGAAAACUAGCCUUGCAAAAGAAUGUGAUCUGUGACAAAUGUGAAGGUCGCGGUGGUAAGAAGGGCGCAGUGGAGUGCUGUCCCAACUGCAGAGGCACGGGCAUGCAGAUCAGAAUUCACCAGAUUGGGCCUGGAAUGGUGCAGCAAAUCCAGUCCGUGUGCAUGGAGUGUCAAGGGCAUGGAGAGCGCAUCAGCCCCAAGGACCGGUGUAAGAGCUGCAACGGCAGGAAAAUCAUCAGAGAGAAGAAAAUACUAGAAGUGCACAUUGACAAAGGAAUGAAGGAUGGUCAGAAAAUAACAUUCCAUGGUGAAGGGGACCAAGAGCCAGGACUAGAGCCAGGGGAUAUAAUUAUUGUCUUGGAUCAGAAAGAUCACCCAACGUUUAGAAGACAAGAUGAAGAUCUUCUGUUGUCUAUGGAUCUACAACUCGUUGAAGCACUAUGUGGCUUUCAAAAACCUAUCACAACACUGGAUAACAGGACUAUAAUCAUUACAUCCCAUCCUGGCCAGGUUGUCAAGCAGGGUGAUGUUAGGUAUGUGUUGAACGAAGGUAUGCCGAUUUAUCGCAGACCCUAUGAAAACGGACGACUCUUCAUAGACUUCAGGGUGAUCUUUCCAGAGAGUGGCUUCCUCUCCUUGGAUAAGCUGUCUUUACUGGAAAAGCUGCUACCAUCAAGGCAGGAGAUAGAAGAAACUGAGGAAAUGGAGCAGGUGGAUUUAGUGGACUUUGAUCCAUCCCAAAAAAGGAAACACCACUAUAAUGGAGAAGCCUAUGAAGAUGAUGAGCAUCACCCUAGAGGUGGUGUUCAAUGUCAGACAUCGUAAAAGAGCCAGUGAAUAACUUGUGAUGCUUGUUUUGUAUGCAUUAGUGGAUGAGUGAAGGACUACAAGCAGUUAACCGUCACUUUCUGCUACUUGUUGUUUAUUCAGCCAUAGUUGUUUCUUAAAGCAUAAAGAAAUAAACUAAGUAAUUAAACUGACUUUGCAAUUUGUAUGAAGCUCCAGGAGGCAAACUCAGAUGAAGUUGAAUUGCACUUCACCCCUGCCUGUUGUUAAAGAAAACUCCCCUGCUUGUCUUUAUUUCAAGCCUAAUAAUUCCUGUACGUGUGCAAUUGCCCAGGCUUAGACUAAGAUUUUUGUGUUCCUUUUGGUAUUCUAGAUCUUAUACUCUGUUAAUGAAGUAUGCACAAGUACUUA